GUACCAACAACAGAACUGACCGGUAGCACUCUAUACACAACAGAGGCUAUAACAACCACACAGCCAACAACAGAAGAAACAACUGUAUCUACAACCACUGUAGCCCCAACCAGUACAACUCAGGAAGCAAGUACUACAGAGGAAACAACUACAGAUACAACUGCACUGACAACAGCACAAACAACAGAACUAACCACUAGGACAGAAUCAACUACACAGGCUACAACAACCACACAGCCAACAACAGAAGAAACAACUUCAUCUACAACAACUGUAGCCCCAACCAGUACUACUCAGGAACCAAGUACUACAGAGGAAACAACUACAGGUACAACUGCACUGACAACAGCACAAACAACAGAACUAACCACUAGAACAGAAUCAACUACACAGGCUACAACAAGCACAGAACCAACAACAGUUGAAACAACUGCAUCUACAACUAGUCCAGCUCCAACAACUACAACUGAGGAAGCAACAACAACAGAGGAAACAACCACUGCUACAACUGUACUGACAACAGUACCAACAACAGAACUGACCAGUAGCACUCUAUACACAACAGAGGCUAUAACAACCACACAGCCAACAACAGAAGAAACAACUGCAUCUACAGCCACUUUAGCCCCAACCAGUACAACUCAGGAACCAAGUACUACAGAGGAAACAACUACACAUACAACUGCACUGACAACAGCACAAACAACAGAACUAACCACUAGUACAGAAUCAACUACACAGGCUACAACAACCACACAGCCAACAACAGAACAAACAACUGCAUCUACAACUACUGUAGCCCCAACCAGUGCUACUCAGGAACCAAGUACUACAGAGGAAACAACCACAGCUACAACUGUACUGACAACAGUACCAACAACAGAACUGACCAGUAGCACUCUAUACACAACAGAGGCUAUAACAACCACACAGCCAACAACAGAAGAAACAACUGUAUCUACAACCACUGUAGCCCCAACCAGUACAACUCAGGAAGCAAGUACUACAGAGGAAACAACUACAGAUACAACUGCACAGACAACAGCACAAACAACAGAACUAACCACUAGUACAGAAUCAACUACACAGGCUACAACAACCACACAGCCAACAACAGAAGAAACAACUGCAUCUACAACAACUGUAGCCCCAACCAGUACUACUCAGGAACCAAGUACUACAGAGGAAACAACUACAGAUACAACUGCACUGACAACAGCACAAACAACAGAACUAACCACUAGAACAGAAUCAACUACACAGGCUACAACAAGCACAGAACCAACAACAGUUGAAACAACUGCAUCUACAACUACUCCAGCUCCAACAACUACAACUGAGGAAGCAACAACAACAGAGGAAACAACCACAGCUACAACUGUACUGACAACAGUACCAACAACAGAACUGACCGGUAGCACUCUAUACACAACAGAGGCUAUAACAACCACACAGCCAACAACAGAAGAAACAACUGUAUCUACAACCACUGUAGCCCCAACCAGUACAACUCAGGAAGCAAGUACUACAGAGGAAACAACUACAGAUACAACUGCACUGACAACAGCACAAACAACAGAACUAACCACUAGUACAGAAUCAACUACACAGGCUACAACAACCACACAGCCAACAACAGAACAAACAACUGCAUCUACAACAACUGUAGCCCCAACCAGUACUACUCAGGAACCAAGUACUACAGAGGAAACAACUACAGAUACAACUGCACUGACAACAGAACAAACAACAGAACUAACCACUAGAACAGAAUCAACUACACAGGCUACAACAAGCACAGAACCAACAACAGUUGAAACAACUGCAUCUACAACUAGUCCAGCUCCAACAACUACAACUGAGGAAGCAACAACAACAGAGGAAACAACCACAGCUACAACUGUACUGACAACAGUACCAACAGAACUGACCAGUAGCACUCUAUACACAACAGAGGCUAUAACAUCCACACAGCCAACAACAGAAGAAACAACUGCAUCUACAGCCACUGUAGCCCCAACCAGUACAACUCAGGAAGCAAGUACUACAGAGGAAACAACUACAGAUACAACUGCACUGACAACAGCACAAACAACAGAACUAACCACUAGUACAGAAUCAACUACACAGGCUACAACAACCACACAGCCAACAACAGUUGAAACAACUGCAUCUACAACUACUCCAGCUCCAUCAACUACAACUGAGGAAGCAAGUACUACAGAGGAAACAACUACAGAUACAACUGCACUGACAACAGCACAAACAACAGAACUAACCACUAGAACAGAAUCAACUACACAGGCUACAACAAGCACAGAACCAACAACAGUUGAAACAACUGCAUCUACAACUACUCCAGCUCCAACAACUACAACUGAGGAAGCAACAACAACAGAGGAAACAACCACAGCUACAACUGUACUGACAACAGUACCAACAACAGAACUGACCAGUAGCACUCUAUACACAACAGAGGCUAUAACAACCACACAGCCAACAACAGAAGAAACAACUGCAUCUACAGCCACUGUAGCCCCAACCAGUACUACUCAAGAACCAAGUACUACAGAGGAAACAACUACAGAUACAACUGCACUGACAACAGCACAAACAACAGAACUAACCACUAGAACAGAAUCAACUACACAGUCUACAAUGAGCAUGGGACCAAAAAGUGCAGACACAAUUACUCCUGCAAGUAGUACAACUUUAAUUACUACAGUUGAAACUUCAAUAUCUACAGAGGAACGUCCAACUACAUCACCCAGAACUGCAGAACCAAUAAGAACUACUACUGGGUCUACGACACAAUCUCCAACUUCUACAGCAACACCUUCAUUAAUACCUGAUUCAGCUGUGGUCCAGACCAGGAUGGUCUUCAGUUCCUCCUCUCCUGUUCCCAGUGAGAGUUUGGUCCUCUAUGCAAUCCAGACUCUUCUCAGUGCUCGACUCACAAACCUCUCUGACUCUGUAAAAGUGCUGAACUUCACCUAUGAGAAAAUUUCAGACACCUCCUAUGCAGUCAACUUCACAUUGAGCAUCAGUAACAUCAGCAUGUCUAAGAACCCUGACCUCAGGAACGACACCUACACCCAAGUGGAGAACAUCAUCAAUAACGCUCUAAACACGCUUCUAAAUGAACCUGGUGCAGAACCAAUCGAACCCCAGAGCUCUUUCUUCACGAGUUCAGGAAACCAGGUUAAUGGUGACAUGGAGUACUACUUCCAAGAUGGAGACACCAAAACACCAGCAGCCUUCCUGAAUGAGCUAACACCUGUGUCUGGUUCAGCUGUGGUUCAGUCCAGGAUGGUCUUCAAUACCUCCUCUCCUGUUCCCAGUGAGAGAUUGGUCCUCAGUGCGAUCCAGACUCUUCUCAGUGCGCGACUCACAAAUCUCUCCGACUCUGUAAAAGUGCUGAACUUCACCUAUGAGAGAAUUUCAGACACCUCCUAUGCAGUCAACUUCACAUUGAGCAUCAGUAACAUCAGCAUGUCUAAGAACCCUGACCUCAGGAACGACACCUACACCCAAGUGGAGAACAUCAUCAAUAACGCUCUAAACACGCUUCUAAAUGAACCUGGUGCAGAACCAAUCGAACCCCAGAGCUCUUUCUUCACGAGUUCAAGAAACCAGGUUAAUGGUGACAUGGAGUACUACUUCCAAGAUGGAGACACCAAAACACCAGCAGCCUUCCUGAAUGAGCUAACACCUGUGUCUGGUUCAGCUAUGGUUCAGACCAGGAUGGUCUUCAAUACCUCCUCUCCUGUUCCCAGUGAGAGAUUGAUCCUCAGUGCGUUCCAGACUCUUCUCAGUGCUCGACUCACAAACCUCUCUGACUCUGUAAAAGUGCUGAACUUCACCUAUGAGAGAAUUUCAGACACCUCCUAUGCAGUCAACUUCACAUUGAGCAUCAGUAACAUCAGCAUGUCUAAGAACCCUGACCUCAGGAACGACACCUACACCCAAGUGGAGAACAUCAUCAAUAACGCUCUAAACACGCUUCUAAAUGAACCUGGUGCAGAACCAAUCGAACCCCAGAGCUCUUUCUUCACGAGUUCAAGAAACCAGGUUAAUGGUGACAUGGAGUACUACUUCCAAGAUGGAGACACCAAAACACCAGCAGCCUUCCUGAAUGAGCUAACACCUGUGUCUGGUUCAGCUGUGGUUCAGACCAGGAUGGUCUUCAAUACCUCCUCUCCUGUUCCCAGUGAGAGAUUGGUCCUCAGUGCGUUCCAGACUCUUCUCAGUGCUCGACUCACAAACCUCUCUGACUCUGUAAAAGUGCUGAACUUCACCUAUGAGAGAAUUUCAGACACCUCCUAUGCAGUCAACUUCACAUUGAGCAUCAGUAACAUCAGCAUGUCUAAGAACCCUGACCUCAGGAACGACACCUACACCCAAGUGGAGAACAUCAUCAAUAACGCUCUAAACACGCUUCUAAAUGAACCUGGUGCAGAACCAAUCGAACCGCAGAGCUCUUUCUUCACGAGUUCAGGAAACCAGGUUAAUGGUGACAUGGAGUACUACUUCCAAGAUGGAGACACCAAAACACCAGCAGCCUUUCUGAAUGAGCUAACACCUGUGUCUGGUUCAGCUGUGGUUCAGACCAGGAUGGUCUUCAAUACCUCCUCUCCUGUUCCCAGUGAGAGAUUGGUCCUCAGUGCGUUCCAGACUCUUCUCAGUGCUCGACUCACAAACCUCUCUGACUCUGUAAAAGUGCUGAACUUCACCUAUGAGAGAAUUUCAGACACCUCCUAUGCAGUCAACUUCACAUUGAGCAUCAGUAACAUCAGCAUGUCUAAGAACCCUGACCUCAGGAACGACACCUACACCCAAGUGGAGAACAUCAUCAAUAACGCUCUAAACACGCUUCUAAAUGAACCUGGUGCAGAACCAAUCGAACCCCAGAGCUCUUUCUUCACGAGUUCAAGAAACCAGGUUAAUGGUGACAUGGAGUACUACUUCCAAGAUGGAGACACCAAAACACCAGCAGCCUUCCUGAAUGAGCUAACACCUGUGUCUGGUUCAGCUGUGGUUCAGACCAGGAUGGUCUUCAAUACCUCCUCUCCUGUUCCCAGUGAGAGAUUGGUCCUCAGUGCGUUCCAGACUCUUCUCAGUGCUCGACUCACAAACCUCUCUGACUCUGUAAAAGUGCUGAACUUCACCUAUGAGAGAAUUUCAGACACCUCCUAUGCAGUCAACUUCACAUUGAGCAUCAGUAACAUCAGCAUGUCUAAGAACCCUGACCUCAGGAACGACACCUACACCCAAGUGGAGAACAUCAUCAAUAACGCUCUAAACACGCUUCUAAAUGAACCUGGUGCAGAACCAAUCGAACCGCAGAGCUCUUUCUUCACGAGUUCAGGAAACCAGGUUAAUGGUGACAUGGAGUACUACUUCCAAGAUGGAGACACCAAAACACCAGCAGCCUUUCUGAAUGAGCUAACACCUGUGUCUGGUUCAGCUGUGGUUCAGACCAGGAUGGUCUUCAAUACCUCCUCUCCUGUUCCCAGUGAGAGAUUGGUCCUCAGUGCGUUCCAGACUCUUCUCAGUGCUCGACUCACAAACCUCUCUGACUCUGUAAAAGUGCUGAACUUCACCUAUGAGAGAAUUUCAGACACCUCCUAUGCAGUCAACUUCACAUUGAGCAUCAGUAACAUCAGCAUGUCUAAGAACCCUGACCUCAGGAACGACACCUACACCCAAGUGGAGAACAUCAUCAAUAACGCUCUAAACACGCUUCUAAAUGAACCUGGUGCAGAACCAAUCGAACCCCAGAGCUCUUUCUUCACGAGUUCAAGAAACCAGGUUAAUGGUGACAUGGAGUACUACUUCCAAGAUGGAGACACCAAAACACCAGCAGCCUUCCUGAAUGAGCUAACACCUGUGUCUGGUUCAGCUGUGGUUCAGACCAGGAUGGUCUUCAAUACCUCCUCUCCUGUUCCCAGUGAGAGAUUGGUCCUCAGUGCGUUCCAGACUCUUCUCAGUGCUCGACUCACAAACCUCUCUGACUCUGUAAAAGUGCUGAACUUCACCUAUGAGAGAAUUUCAGACACCUCCUAUGCAGUCAACUUCACAUUGAGCAUCAGUAACAUCAGCAUGUCUAAGAACCCUGACCUCAGGAACGACACCUACACCCAAGUGGAGAACAUCAUCAAUAACGCUCUAAACACGCUUCUAAAUGAACCUGGUGCAGAACCAAUCGAACCGCAGAGCUCUUUCUUCACGAGUUCAGGAAACCAGGUUAAUGGUGACAUGGAGUACUACUUCCAAGAUGGAGACACCAAAACACCAGCAGCCUUUCUGAAUGAGCUAACACCUGUGUCUGGUUCAGCUGUGGUUCAGACCAGGAUGGUCUUCAAUACCUCCUCUCCUGUUCCCAGUGAGAGAUUGGUCCUCAGUGCGUUCCAGACUCUUCUCAGUGCUCGACUCACAAACCUCUCUGACUCUCUAAACACGCUUCUAAAUGAACCUGGUGCAGAACCAAUCGAACCCCAGAGCUCUUUCUUCACGAGUUCAAGAAACCAGGUUAAUGGUGACAUGGAGUACUACUUCCAAGAUGGAGACACCAAAACACCAGCAGCCUUCCUGAAUGAGCUAACACCUGUGAGUUCAGGAAACCAGGUUAAUGGUGACAUGGAGUACUACUUCCAAGAUGGAGACACCAAAACACCAGCAGCCUUUCUGAAUGAGCUAACACCUGUGAGUUCAAGAAACCAGGUUAAUGGUGACAUGGAGUACUACUUCCAAGAUGGAGACACCAAAACACCAGCAGCCUUCCUGAAUGAGCUAACACCUGUGUCUGGUUCAGCUGUGGUUCAGACCAGGAUGCUCUUCAAUUCCUCCUGUCCUGUUCCCAGUGAGAGUUUGGUCCUCAGAGCAAUCCAGACUCUUCUCAGUGCUCAACUCACGAACCUCACUGACUCUGUAAACAGGCUGAACUUCACCUGUGAGAAAAUUUCAGACACCUCCUAUGCAGUCAUCUUCACAUUUAGCAUCAGUAACAUCAGCAUGUCUAAGAACCCUGUCCUCAGGAACGACACCUACACCCAAGUGGAGAACAUCAUCAAUAACGCUCUAAACACACUUCUAAAUGACGCUGGUGCAGAACCAUUCGAACCCCAGAGCUCUUUCUUCACGAGUUCAGGAAACCAGGUUAAUGGUGAUAUGGAUUACUACUUCCAAGAUGGAGACACCAAAACACCAGCAGCCUUCCUGAAUGAGCUAACACCUGUAUUUGGGAAUGUACUGAUACAUAUUCGUCUAGUUUUUAAGAACUUGACCAGAGUACCUAGUGAGGCUGAUGUUCUCAAUGCUGCUAAUGCUCUGCUGGACUCAAAGAUCAGAAGAGCACAAUGUCUUAUCACAGCAAACCAGCAACUCCAUUUCCAGGAAUGCACCGCCAACUAGAAACAUGGUCGAAGAUGACUACACUUCCCACGCACGCACGCACACGCGCACACACACACACACACACACACACACGCGCUUCACCUUCCCCAGAGUUCUAAUCACACACACCUGUUGCCAAUCUCACGCACACUCACGCCAUAGUAUAUGAGAGACUAUUUGGACACUUUGUAUUUGUGAAGUCUACGCUCAGUUUCCUAGUGUCUCUGUCUAUUCAAAGCCUUAUUGUUGUGUUUGUUUAAUCUGGUUUUGACUUUGUUCUCGUUAAUGACCUUGUCACUCCCCCUAGUCUUGUUUGGACUGUUCGCAUGAUCGCCUGACCUCUGCCUGUCUAUGGUUGUUGACUUCUGUCUUACCCUUUGGACUUGUUGUUUUUUUGAUUAAACUACCAAUCCUGCACUGUCUACACCUCCAUUUCAUGAUACACAAGCUCUUCUAACACAAAAACUGAGUGAUCCUGUGAGCAUACAGAAUGUCACUUUGUUACGCCCUCGCCGGCAGAUGGCACUGCGGCGCGGCUUCAGAGAGCGCGCGUGCACGGGACUGAACUCUAGUAUACGGACACGUGUCUUCCUGUUCCGGUAUUGGUUUAUGUUCAAGGGUGUCUCAUUAUUGGUUCCAGCUGUCUGUACUUAAGGGUGAUUAUGAUGGUUAUUUAAACUCCUCGUGUUGCUAUGCACUUCACACAGUAUUACCCGUAUACUUGAAAGUGAUAGUGAAUGCGUUACAUAUGCUAAGCUAAGUCUUAUUUCCACGUCCUGCUCUCGUUCCAUGCCUAGACUUUGGUUCCAUGUUUAACCUAGUUAAUCUUGUUCAGUAUAGACCGCAUUUCCUGUGUUUUGUCUGCUGCAUGAAAAUAAAGACGUUGAUCUGCACCUGCUUCUGCCUCUGCUACCGUUUCGUAACACACUUAUGAAAAAAUUGGCAAGAACUCCUACAUUAUAAGCUUUGCAUUUCAAAUCAGCAAUGUGACCAUCUCCAAGGACCUUCAGCUUAGGAACGGAACAUAUGAUUUUAUACAAAACACCCUCAACAGCCUGGUAAGUGUAAGCCAUUGUUCUCUUUCCCAAAACUAUUUUACACAGUAAAAUAAGAUUUAUUUUGACUAUGUUCAUUUAAACCUUAUUUUUACCCCCUUUUAUUAGCUGAACACUAUUCUGAAUGUGAAAGAUGCUCCUGCGUUUGUCUUUCCACAAGCAAACUACACGAAAGUGCCCUCUUUUCACGAGUUUCUCUGAAACACUUUACUUUGCAUAUUGAAAUCUCCAUAUAUCACAUCCCCUUCACAGACAUAUAAACUUGUACCUGACUACAACAGGUACACCACUUACAAUACCACCUACCCAGGGGCAGUGAUGGCUCAGUGGUUAAGGCUGUGGUUUAUUGAUCAGAACAUGUUCCUUAACUUUAUACUCAACUGCGUCUCUUGGGUAGAAAGGAAUGCAUGGUUGCUUUAGCAUGUUUACCUUCAUCUUGGAAAGAUACAUGC